AUGUCUGAAUUAGAAAAACUUAUCGGAUUGUUCUUGUCGAAAAAAUUUCGACUUCCCCUUCGACUCUGGCACCAAGAAAGUGAACAAAAGCCCCAAGAGAUUAACAACACCCAACAAUAUCAACGAGUUCUUCACCCCGAUUCCAGCCGGGUAACCGGGAUCCGCCUUAGCCGGGUCCUGAUUCUGCGCCAAGUACAAAAACCCAAAAGCUCCAACAAUUGCCCCGAGCUUCCCUGCCGCGGCCGAUAUUCCAUGGCAAGUCGACCGGAGCCGAGCAGGAAAUAUCUCGGCGGGGACCACAAAAGUCGUUGCGUUGGGCCCGAAAUUGGCAAAGAAGAAAGUCAACGAGUACAUAACCACGAACCCGAUCCGGUUAUCGGGCUUUAUCCAAUGAUUAUACGGAAAUGCCAACGCGAACAUGAACACGGUCAUGAAGAAGAACCCGAUGAGUUGAAUCGCAAACCUCCCGAUCACGUCUAUUAG